AUGUCGAGUGCGGCCAGUCCACGCCAUAAUAUUCGUGUGGACUUGGCACGAGCGACCGUACCACAACGUGGUGUCACCUCGCCUGCGCUCUCACCACGACGUCCACAAAGUCGUCAAGAAAGCGUCAAGAAAAAGUAUGUGAGACACGGGACACAAAUCAAACAUGUUCGAAGCGAUCCGACGCUAUUCUCAGGUGAGCGCACCGCUCAUGUUUGA